AUGACAGAUGAGGAUGCAAAUAUAUCUUUGGAUAAUAAAUCAAAUGUCAAUAUAACGCAACAAAAAAAAGAUAAAACUAGUUCUCCACGUGAAUCAAUUUCUAUAUCUUCUCAAUCCCCAUCAGACGUAAUAUCUCAUAAUAGCCACGAUCGUCUUGUUGGAGGCGUAAACGUACAUUCAAUACAGGUUUCAACCGUUCAUCCCGAAAAUCUUACAACCUCACAAACUUUAUCAUCAUCGCAACAAAGCAAAUCCGAUGUUUCCCCCAAAGAAUACCAAAUGACUAAAGUAGCUCCUGAAGUUCCUCCACCAGCUUACGGUGAUGGGUUCGAGAAGGAUCAUACACGCCUUGAUGAUAGUCAUACAAUUCAAAUGCCCGACGAGGCUGAAAAAGCUCAAGAAAUAAAAAGUAAAUUACAAACUGAUAGGCAGAUUAGAAUGGUGUCUUUAUAUUCUCAACAGAUCGUACUACAAGCUUUUUUAAUAACUGCUGGUGUUUUUAUUGCUCUUGAAAUUUUUACCUUCCAAUCAAAAUGGGACUUUUCUUCUUGGGGUCCAUUCUUGUAUGCGACUCUUUGGGUUUUAAUCUUUGCAUUUAUUUUUGGAUGGUUUCUUCCAUUCGAUCGUAGUUAUAAUAUUGUCAUUAGUGCAAUAGCUGCACUCUUAUUCAGUGCCUAUAUCAUUUAUGAUACUUAUAUGUUAGCUGAACGGGUUAGUCCUGAAGAAUAUGUGUUGGCAGCAGUUGAUUUAUAUCUUGAUGUAAUUAAUCUUUUUGUCGCGAUCUUUGCGAUUUUACUUGGUGCUUGUGAUGGUAAUUAG